AUGCGGCGAAGCACCUUCUUCCCUCACAAGCCUGUCUUAACCGAACAAAACCUCCCCGACCAACAUGGCAAGGUCUUUAUAGUCACUGGAGGGUCAGGCGGUCUCGGAAAGGAGCUGGUAAAAAUCCUGUACUUACACAAUGCCAAGAUCUACGUCGCAGCUCGAUCGGAGGCCAAAACCAGGGAGGUGAUCCGUGAGAUUCAGCGCGCGCAUCCCUCGUCCACGGGAGAGCUCAUCUUCCUCCGCCUGCAGCUCGACGACCUCACGACAAUCAAGCAAUCGGCAGGUGAAUUUCUGGCCAAGGAAACCCGCCUCGAUGUGCUCUGGAACAAUGCUGGGGUGAUGGUUCCACCGCAGGGGUCCAAGACCGUUCAGGGUUACGAGCUGCAGAUUGGAACAAAUAACCUGGGACACUUUCUAUUCACGCAGUUUCUGCGGCCGGUCCUGGUUGCAACAGCAAAGACUGCGCCGAAAAACUCAGUGCGUGUUGUAUGGGUGUCGUCUAGCGCGGCGGAUAGCGCUCCUCGGCCCGCGAUUAACUUUUCAAAUAUGGACUACCAUGUCGAGGAGGGGAUUUGGUCCAAGUACUCGCGGAGCAAGGCUGGAAAUGUCCUUCACUCUGCAGAGUUUGCAAGGAGAACCGCUGGCGAGGGUAUUAUUAGCGUGGCACUUAACCCAGGGAAUUUCGUCACGAACCUGCAGCAAAGUAUGCCGAGGAUGCAGCUAGCGAUGUUUAGACUUAUAUCGCACGAGCCCAUUAACGGGGCAUACACCGAGCUCUUUGCAGGGUUACACCCCUCGAUUACGGAGGAGAAUAAUGGAGGUUGGGUGUCCCCGUUUGGUAAGAUUGAGCCCGCUCGAAAGGACCUCCUGGACCCGGAACUUGGGAGGCAAUAUUGGGAAUGGUCGGAGACUCAGGUUAAGCCGUACAUGUAG